UCGCGCAGCCGUCGUCAACACACAACUGAGGAAGUGACAAGAAGCUAACGAGAACUAACUGCUGCAGCUAACACAGCGCUUCCUAACGGUAUUAAGUUAACUAAAGGCUGUGUCUGUUGUUACCGUCAGAGUAACGGACAGCCUCUGUUCGGGUUACAGUCGGUGUAGAGUGAGAGGGGACGAUGUUUAGGAGCUGUAGCCGCUGCUUGCUAACUUCUAAGCUAACAGGCUAACGAUCAGCUGUUGUUUUGGUCGGAGGGAUAGCUGGCUAACAAGUCAAACUGCAUUGCAUUACAGCGCUUCAAAACAUCUUCCCUCACUUCCUGUCCAAGUACUGAACUGCUCUUUCGGUUGAUGGCGACCCAUAGAGGCGUACCACCCUGACAGACUAAUCAGCGGCCGGUCAGUCAGCUGUUGUCCCGGCAGGGCAGGCGUCACCUCCCGUGUGGGAUCGAUCCAUCAGAGCGGUGUGUAAUUGAAUCAGAAACACUGCUCCAAGAUGCAUGACGCGUAUGAACCAGUGCCUAUUUUGGAGAAGCUUCCUCUGCAGAUCGACUGUCUCGCGGCCUGGGAGGACUGGCUGCUUGUGGGGACAAAGCCAGGGCACCUUCUGCUCUACAGAAUAAAGAAGGAUGCAGGCACCAACCGGUUUGAGGUGACACUGGAAAAGUCCAAUAAGAACUUCUCAAAGAAGAUACAGCAGCUUUAUGUCGUCUCACAGUACAAAAUUCUUGUCAGUCUUCUUGAGAACAACAUCCACGUCCAUGACCUCCUGACCUUCCAGCAGAUCACUGUGGUGUCCAAAGCCAAAGGAGCCACGCUCUUCGCCUGUGACCUGCAGCAAACCAGCACAGGAGAGGAAAGGCUGAGAAUGUGUGUCGCAGUGAAGAAGAAACUCCAGCUGUAUUACUGGAAGGACAGAGAGUUCCACGAGCUGCAGGGGGACUUUGGUGCACCAGAUAUUCCAAAGUCCAUGGCUUGGUGUGAAAACUCCAUAUGUGUCGGUUUCAAACGAGACUAUUACCUCAUUCGGAUGGAUGGCCGUGGCUCCAUCAAGGAGCUUUUCCCCACAGGGAAACAGUUGGAGCCUUUGGUUGCACCGCUGGCUGAUGGGAAGGUGGCUGUUGGCCAGGAUGACUUAACCGUAGUGCUAAAUGAAGAGGGCAUUUGCACCCAGAAGUGUGCCCUGAACUGGACAGACAUCCCUAUAGCUAUGGAGCACCAGCCUCCGUACAUCAUAGCUGUUCUCCCUCGGUACGUGGAGAUCCGGACCUUUGAGCCGAGGUUGCUGGUGCAGAGCGUGGAGCUGCAGAGACCUCGCUUCAUCACCUCAGCAGGGCAAAAUAUUGUGUAUGUUGCCAGCAAUCACUUUGUGUGGCGCCUGGUGCCCGUGUCAAUCGCCAGCCAGAUACGGCAGCUUCUUCAGGACAAGCAGUUCGAGCUGGCUCUGCAGCUGGCGAAGAUGAAGGAUGAUUCAGAUGGUGAUAAGAAGCAGCAGAUACAUCACAUCCAGAAUCUCUAUGCCUUCAAUCUGUUUUGUCAGAAGAGAUUCGAUGACUCCAUGCAGGUGUUUGCCAAGCUUGGCACAGAUCCCACCCAUGUGAUCGGACUGUACCCAGACCUGCUCCCGUCAGACUACCGCAAGCAGCUGCACUAUCCCAACCCUCUGCCUACUCUGUCUGGGGCAGAGCUGGAGAAGGCUCAUCUCGCUCUCAUCGAUUAUCUUACCCAGAAACGCAGCCAUCUUGUGAAACAGCUGAAUGACUCUGACCCUUCAACAACGUCUCCGCUCAUGGAGGGCACGCCUACUAUUAAGAGCCGCAAAAAACUGCUGCAGAUCAUCGACACCACCCUGCUGAAAUGUUACCUGCAUACCAACGUGGCCCUGGUGUCCCCCCUCCUUCGCCUGGAAAACAACCACUGCCACAUCGAGGAGAGCGAGUAUGUGCUGAAGAAGGCCCAUAAAUACAGCGAGCUCAUUAUUCUCUAUGAGAAGAAGGGUCUGCACCAGAAAGCUCUGCAGGUGCUGCUGGACCAGUCCACCAAGGCCAACUCUCCACUGAAGGGCCACGAGCGAACCGUGCAGUACCUCCAGAGACUGGGAGUGGAGAAUUUGGGAAUAAUCUUUGAGUUUUCUCCCUGGGUGUUGAAGAUCUGCCCUGAGGAUGGCCUGAAGAUCUUCACCGAGGACCUGACAGAGGUGGAAACUCUGCCUAGAGACAAGGUGCUGAACUUCCUGAAGGAGGGCUUUAAGGAGCUCGCCAUCCCAUAUCUGGAGCACAUCAUUUACGUGUGGGAUGAAAAAGGCCCGGAGUUUCACAAUGUGCUGAUCCAGCUCUACCUGGAGAGGGUUCAAGGCCUCAUGAAACAGUACCUUAACUCACUGCCAGAAGGAGUUCCAGCUGUUGCUGCUGGGAAGGAGGACGGUGAUCUGGGAGAGUUCAGGAACAAGCUGCUGUCUUUCCUGGAUAUUUCUACCAGCUAUGAACCAGCCAGGCUUAUCAGUGACUUCCCCUUUGAUGGUUUGCUGGAGGAACGGGCUUUGCUUCUGGGUCGAAUGGGUAAACACGAGCAGGCGCUCUUCAUCUAUGUGCACAUCCUGAAAGACACCCGCAUGGCUGAAGAAUAUUGUCACAGUCAUUACAACAGUGUGGUCGAAGGGAGUAAGGAUGUUUAUCUGUCUUUGCUGCGGAUGUACCUGUCACCUCCUGAUGUUCACUGCCUGGGGCCCAUCAAGAUGGAGCUGUCGGAGCCUCAGGCCAACCUGCAGGCGGCUCUGCAAGUCCUGGAGCUGCACCACAGCAAACUCAACACCACCAAGGCCAUCAAUCUGCUCCCAGCAAACACCCAGAUCCGAGAGAUCCGGGUCUUCCUAGAGAGCGUCCUGGAGGAGAAGGCACAGAGGAAGCGCUGCAACCAGGUGCUGAAAAGUCUGCUGCAGGCCGAGUUCCUCAGGGUGCAGGAGGAGCGGAUCUUUCAUCAGCAGGUUAAAUGCGUCAUUACAGAGGAAAAGACCUGCAGAGUCUGCAAGAAGAAAAUAGGGAACAGUGCGUUCGCCAGGUAUCCCAACGGCGUGGUGGUGCAUUACUUCUGCUGCAAAGACCGCACCGUGUGUCCCACUGAGCAGUAACAGCUCCACCUGACAACGACUGUUUACUAAUAAAUAACCCCCCUCUCCCUGACCCUCUCUGUGGAUCUCUACGCUUUGACAUCUUUGAACUAGCAUCGCAAGGUUGGAGGUGCUCGAGUUAAUGGCCAGACUGUGGAAUCGGACGCUUGUAUGGAAAGCGCCAAACAGGACUACGAGCUCUCUAACCUGAGUUAACCUCGGACACGGUUGUUGUCAUGCGCGACUCACUGAGCAGAAAAAGACCUCCUUCUGGAAUCAAAGGCUGAGACUUUCUUUAUCUCUGUGCAUGAAGUAACAGGAGGAAUGUCCGGGUUCGCUCAACAGGAGGGGAGGAAUAAAGACAAGGAGCGAGGUAGAGUCUGACAUUUGAAAAGCAUGUGUCACUGUAACGCUAGAAGGGAUCCACUUCCCUUCACGUCGCCUCUGGAGAAAAUGGGCGCUAUUGAAAGGCGCCCAGAGGAAGAGGAGCUUUAACAGCAGAAGUUAGCGCUCGUUCUCAGCAGGAGAUAGUUACAAGCUUUGGUCAGCAGUUUUAUUUUCUGUCUCACUGUCUCCCAGCCCUCCUGUUACACUGUGUGCGGCCUCAAACACUGCUUGAUAUGCCAUAAUACGCUCUGCAGGAGUACAGCUAAAUGCCUUUUGUGACUCUGAAGAUUGUACUUACAGUGAAGUCAGACGUCUGUCAGGAUUUCUUUUGUUAGCAUGUGCCGGUACUGACUAAGCAAAACAGCAAUCGUCUUACAGUGUGUUUGACUCUUUUGUAUUUUUAUUUAAACAUUCGAGGCGGCUUCUCCAGCUAACAUUUUUCAUAGAGACGUUUUUUCUUUAUUUACUGUUUUUACAGUGUGUGAAGGAUUUCUACCAGACUACAUCCUCUUUAUUGCUUUUUUUUAAGCUCUCAUCUGUAUUUGUUUAAAUGUUUUGCUUUUCCCCUCCCAGACAUUAAAAGUUUAUGAAGUAGAACUUAUUAUAAGUGGAAACAGACAACUUUUAACCUUUUCACCCGCCCUAGCGUUUUCAAGUGGUAUUAUUGUUAUCGUUAUUGUCCCAAAGACAACCAGAUCACUUUCUGUUUCAUCAGAGCCUCGCAACUAACAACAACACAGGACACACUGCAUGUAGCGACUUCGGUUUUUCCCCCGUCCACCAUUUCCACCACUGAGCAUAAUAAUGGCACAGAACUUACGCUGAUACUCAGUGGUUAUUGGGGAUUGGCACCAAUGGAUGUAUAAAGAGAACUGGAUACAGUGUUGGAAGCAGAGUCCCGUUCAUUCGUAUAAAAGUUGCUCAGAGGCGCAUGAGGCCAAAAAAGUUCAACUUCCUGGGUUUAAAAUUACCCAGAUCUUUCACGGCAUGCCGCCCACGGAGUGUGCACACUAGAGAGUUAAUCGGCCAAGCUAACACAUUCUCACUCCGACCUCGUCACAUAUCAACAUUUGGUCAUGGACUUUCAACGUCCACAUACGGCAUGCAAGGUACCCUGGGUGUGUUAGUUGUUGACGUUCUCGGACGCCAUGUCAAGUUCUGCCUGUUACAUGUAUUGUCUUCUUUCAAAAUACACUUCAGUUUUCACAGGAAAUUUAACGUUUACAUACACUCUCAAAAUAAACGCACUAUGUCGGUACCACGAAUUGACGUUUUUUCCCUCAACAACAAACGCACGUGGUUGGGUUAAGGGAAAAAGAACAGGGUUUGUCUUUAGAAUCUUACAGGACGCGAACACCGCUCUCUCAGAUGAAAGGUGUUUGUUAGACCUGCCUGCCCCAGAUUUUCGCCACCUUAACUUUCAUCCUUGUCCUGCCACAUUUAUCCCUGACACACCCGGGUGUCAUUAAACUAUAAAGGCAACCGGCCGCAUAUCAUGCCGACGUUAAACGACGCUUUUUCUCAUUGGUUUCUGACGUCGCAAGUCACUGCCCAAGCGCCGGAUUUUGACGACUUCAGAGUGAGACCGGGCUCGCCAAGCAGCUAACUUCCAGUGAAGCGCUCUGCUAACUUCAAUAAGAAUAAAAUUAUUUAAUCAUGUGGCUCUUUGAGAUCUUGUUAAAUAUUAUCAGACCGAAUGGGUCAAAUCCCUAUUGUAAAACAAAUCAUUUCGUGGGGGUUGUAAUGCUAAAAAUACAAUUAUAAACAUCUCUUUCUCAGUGCAAGUCUAUGUAAAUCAAGCCUUCAUUUUCCCUGCAGAUCGUACCUGGUUGCAGACAUAGUUGCAUAGUGAAAGCUAGGCUUAAGGGAACCAGUCUAAACACUGAUGGUGUCUUUAUUCUACAGCUAUUACAUUGUGCAGUCAACAUUAACUUCAUAAUGAUAAGUUAAAGCAAGGAACUUGUCUAUUUCCACUUUAAAGUGAGACUGUGUAACUUUUGAACAGCAGCAAGGUGGUGACAAGAGGCAGAUACAGAAUAACCAGAAUGUUCUUGAGUCUGUUGCUUUAAUGACACCACCGUAGAGAUGGAAUGAUAGCUGAUGACAGAAAAUCAAUCUAUAGCUAUGUUGAUGAUCGAUUCAUGAUUUCAUUUUUUAAGCAAAAAUGCUAAAAAAAUAAAAUAAAAUAAAGAAGACAUCACCAUAAGUUUGGAAGAACUGUAAAUCCCUCUUUUUUUAAGGUUUUAUACACUGAAGGAUUAACCAAGAAAUUAAACAGCAGAUUAAGUUGAUAAUGAAAAGAAUCGUUCGUUGCAGCCCCACAUCACCGUGACGAUGAGUGCUACAGUAGCUCAAAUGGAGAUGAGUUUGCCAACAUUAGGGCCAGGACACAUGCUGUAUCUUUAACCGCCUGGAGGACACAAGGUCAGGCACUGGAUGCUACUCUGUGCCCACUCUGUGCCAACUUUCAAGAGCACGGAGGCAGGUUGCAUCUUAAGUUGCUAAGCGACAGCAGCCCACCUACCAGAAAUCCCAAAUUCUUAGCUCAUCUGCUCCCGGCAGUUGUUUUGUUGGUGUGUAUUAGGCCUGAAAUGUUGUCCGUGGGACUGAUGUAAAGCUCCAGGUAGCCCUGCACUGAAAUAAUCAACUCCAGCGUAUUUAUCAUAGACUGAUAGUUACAGAAGAAGGAAAAGAUAUCUGUCGGCUGUGAUUGGUUGUUCCUUGUCAUAUGACAUCCGGUGUGUGUUGCUGUAUUCCAAAAGUCAAACUUUGUUUAUCUUAGGCAAGAGCGCUUGGAAACACUUGCUUUUGAUCACACGUUCAGCAUGACUACUUUGAAAACAGUGUGUUUUAUUGGUUAUGAUGUCAACUUUGUAUUUGUCAGAGGAAGUUAUUUCUUUCAGAAGUCUCACUUGGAGUUAGAUCACAAAAUUACAAACAGCACUUUAAAAGUGGAUGGAUGUUUAAUGUCAAGAACUAGAAGUGAUGUCAAUGAUCAGGAAGGAGUGAUUGAUCUGUGUUUUAAUGACAAUUGUGCUAAAAUGAUGUGUGUUUUCCGUCCAGCUGGGUGGAGACUCAACAAGCAGGACUCCCCAGAUUAUUGACAACGAAAUACAAGCAAUGAAUGUAUGUUUUUAAAGUUGGAGUCCACGGUGUCGUUGUUCAAUUGAAUUACAUACAUUUACUUUCAACUUGUUUUUUUAACCACUAAGUCUUCACACUUUUGUGGUUGUAUCAUCUGCAUCUCCUGCUCCUUCACACACCCUCACCCUCCUCUUCUGCUCGAGAAAGGUUUGCACAUAUUCUCUGCUCAGACUGUUCAUGAAUUGUUUUUUGUUUGUUUGUUUUAGUGGAAGUGUUGGUCCCCCUGUGUGUAUACUGUACAAAGACUGAGAGUGUUAAUGAGAAUUUCUCAUUGAAGUUUUUUGAUUGUGAGGGGCGACCCAGCAGCUACCAUAUGCCUGUCCAUCUGUCUGUUUGGCUUUAAUCAGUAAUAAAUAAACAUUUCCACUCAUGUCUGUGUGAUAC